AUGACAGAAAAUCAGAACAAACAUGCUAUUGUAUUUGGCUGUACGGGAAUCAAUGGCUGGGCAUUGGUUAAUCAACUGCUGUGCGGCUACCCUGCGAUCGGCGCAUUUGGAAAAGUCACAGCGAUUUCCAACCGUCCGUUUAAUCUCGAUGAUACCAAAUGGCCUUACGAAGAUGGCAAAAAUGGACUGCAGGUAAUAUCGGGCAUUGAUCUUCUAGUAGAAGAUAUUGUCUCCUUGCAAGCCAUCCUUUCCGAGAGGGUUCCCUCAGUGGAGACGGUCAGCCAUAUUUACUUCGCUGCCUACCGUGAAAGCCAGGAUGAUCCAGAAGAAUGCCGUAUGAAUAAACAAAUGCUUGAUGUUUCGGUGCAAACGAUCGAGAAGCUUUCUUCCUGUUUGCAAUUUGUGACCUUGAUUACUGGUACCAAGGCAUAUGGUGUUCUGCUAGGGGAUAAGUUUCCCUUUCGGGGGCAGGCUCCUCUAAAAGAAUCAUUCCCACGUAUUCCAGAUGAGUUCGCCAAGGAUCUCUUCUACUAUCAUCAAAAAAACCAUCUCAAGGAACUGUCCAAAGGAAAAUCAUGGUCAUGGUGCGAAAUCCGACCUGAUAUCAUCAUAGGCGUCGCUCCGUUUGGAAAUGCCAACUGCAUCGCCCAAUCCACCGGAAUUUUCCUUUCCUUCUACCGAGAAAUUGAAGGUCCUGGGGCUCGUGUCCCCUUCAUAGGUUCCGAGGCUGGCUGGACCCUGCUAUCAACUGAUAGCAACCAAGAUAUAAUCGCUCAACUCUGUAUCUUUGCCUCUCUUCAACCGAAAGACAAAGUGCACGGCCAAACCUUCAAUAUCGGCGACAAUUCAGUUCCGCUAUCAUGGUCGACCCGCUGGCCGCUUCUCGCUGCCUACUUCGGGCUCGAGGGAACUGGACCGAGCAAGGAUAGUGUGACUCCAGCUCAGUAUAUCGAUCGCCACUGGACCGAGUUUCAAACUCUAUGUCGUGAACGAGGCCUUCGUGAAGAUGUCAUAUAUAGGAGUAUUCGUAACACUGGAUCAAAGGGAAAAACGACUGUGAUGGACUUCGACCGCCAUUUGGAUCUGGGAAGAGCAAGGGCUCUCGGUUUCAACAAAGAACUAAGUACCGAAGACUCCUGGUAUAUGGCAUUCGAUCGACUACGCAAUGCGAAGCUUCUUUUUUAG